AUGGCAGCAAUGAUGAUCAAGCAGAAGUUCUACACCGUCGCAACUGAAAAAGCCUGGGUCGUAGAUAACCAUAAUCUACAUUACUAUGUUGCGGGCCUAUCUAGCCCCGAUUACCUAUGGCCGUACGGUCAAGGAGGGAACGGGGGAUCGGACGCGGACCGCUAUGUGACACUUUACACCGCCACCGGUGUCGCUCCUGGUCACAGUCUCGAGCAAUACGGCCUAGUGUAA